GAGCGCGGAGGACGCGCGUGGAGCUGGGUGGAAGAAGUGCCGGGGGCUGCUGCCACUGCUGCCGUCGCCUUGCGGGAAAGAAGCAGCUCGUUUCUUGCCGAGCCCGGUUCGUAUUCCCUGCUCAGGGCACCGAGCCGCCCCGUUCGGAUCUCCUUCCACCCGCCGAAAGUUGUGAGGAGGGCGCUGGCUCGGGGCGUCCCGUGCGUGUGGGAAGCUGUGGCCUCGAGGCGUGCACAGGGAAUCCCAGUCAGAAGUUCCAGCCUGCCGUUAUUUUCGGAUGCCAUGCCAGCACCAACUCAACUGUUUUUUCCCCUGAUCCGUAACUGUGAACUGAGCAGAAUCUACGGCACUGUAUGUUACUGUCACCACAAGCACUUCUGCUGCUCGUCACCCCACGUUCCUCAGAGCCGCCUGAGAUGCACACCCCAUCCAGCAUAUGCUACCUUUUGCAGGCCAAAGGAGAACUGGUGGCAGUACACCCAAGGAAGGAGAUAUGCUUCCACACCACAGAAGUUUUACCUCACGCCUCCACAGGUCAACAGCAUUCUUAAAGCUAAUGAAUAUAGUUUCAAGGUGCCAGAAUUUGAUGGCAAAAAUGUCAGCUCUAUCCUUGGGUUUGACAGCAACCAGCUGCCUGCAAAUGCACCUAUCGAGGACCGGCGAAGUGCAGCAACCUGCUUGCAAACCAGAGGGAUGCUCUUGGGGGUUUUCGAUGGCCAUGCAGGCUGUGCUUGUUCCCAGGCGGUCAGUGAAAGACUCUUUUAUUAUAUCGCUGUCUCUUUGUUGCCCCACGAGACCUUGUUAGAGAUUGAAAAUGCAGUGGAGAGUGGUCGAGCACUGUUACCCAUUCUCCAGUGGCACAAGCACCCUAAUGAUUACUUCAGUAAGGAGGCAUCCAAAUUGUACUUCAACAGCUUAAGGACUUACUGGCAAGAGCUUAUAGACCUCAAUACUGGGGAGUCAGCCGACAUUGAUGUUAAGGAAGCUUUGAUUAAUGCUUUUAAGAGGCUUGAUAAUGACAUCUCCUUGGAGGCCCAAGUUGGUGAUCCCAAUUCUUUCCUCAACUACCUGGUGCUUCGAGUGGCAUUUUCUGGGGCCACCGCUUGUGUGGCCCAUGUGGAUGGUGUUGACCUUCAUGUGGCCAAUACGGGUGAUAGCAGAGCCAUGCUGGGUGUGCAGGAAGAGGACGGCUCUUGGUCAGCAGUUACUCUCUCUAAUGACCACAAUGCUCAGAAUCAAAGAGAACUGGAACGGCUGAAAUUGGAACACCCGAAGAAUGAGGCCAAGAGUGUGGUGAAGCAGGAUCGGCUGCUUGGCUUGCUGAUGCCUUUUAGGGCUUUUGGAGAUGUCAAGUUCAAAUGGAGCAUUGACCUUCAAAAGAGAGUGAUAGAAUCUGGCCCAGACCAAUUGAAUGAUAAUGAAUAUACCAAGUUUAUCCCUCCUAAUUACUACACACCUCCUUAUCUCACUGCUGAGCCAGAGGUAACUUACCACCGAUUAAGGCCACAGGAUAAGUUUCUGGUGUUGGCUACUGAUGGGUUGUGGGAGACUAUGCAUAGGCAGGAUGUGGUUAGAAUUGUGGGUGAGUAUCUAACUGGCAUGCAUCACCAACAGCCAAUAGCUGUUGGUGGCUACAAGGUGACUCUGGGACAGAUGCAUGGCCUUUUAACAGAAAGGAGAGCCAAGAUGUCCUCAGUAUUUGAGGAUCAGAAUGCAGCAACCCAUCUCAUCCGCCAUGCUGUGGGCAACAAUGAGUUUGGAGCAGUUGAUCACGAGCGCCUCUCCAAAAUGCUUAGUCUUCCUGAAGAGCUUGCUCGGAUGUACAGAGAUGACAUUACAAUCAUCGUUGUUCAGUUCAAUUCUCAUGUCGUAGGGGCAUAUCAAAACCAAGAAUAGUGAAUGUAUCUUACCCUGGCAAUUCUAAAAUGAAAUACGUUUAAAGGGCAGAUAGAUUGAAACGGGAUAUCAUAAACAUUGCCAUGGGUCAUUCUAAGCAUUUACCCGUUUGAUAAUGUAGCUAGUCAAGUACUCCAAAUUGACUUUGCAGGAGGGUGGCAGGAUCGCGAGGGUCUAAUUCUGCCUAGCUUGGACUUCCCAGACCUGCACUUGAGGCACCCCUUAUUGCGGGUGUCUCAAGACAUUGACUUUUACCAGUCUGAGAAAAUCAGGAUGACCUGGCAAAUAGGAUUUUAAAUAGUCCAAAAACAGGUGUUUUACUGGGCAUAUUCUCAUGGUAAAAGGGAAGAAACAUUACUGCUCCCACCUGCAGACCCCUUUCAUCGCUAAGGUUCUAUUGCAGACAAUAACAUUUAUUUAUUUAUUGCGUGAUUUCUGAGAUACACAAUCUAUGCAUUAUUCAUCAAAAUUUAUUUUAGCCUGAAAUGGUUUUCUAAUCCAGUACUUAAGCCAUAAAUGACCAAAAACCAAGCAGUCUGAACCCAUAAGUUUUAGUGAUGAUUUUACUGAAAUGCUCCUUACAUGCAAGAACAAGCUCUAUUUCCUUCCCCACCUCUGAUUUCCUAAUGUAAUUUAAACAUUUUCUAUUUUGCCACAUACUUGAAGAUAAUAAAGAUUUUUAGUUUUAUCUACUCUUACAUUGAUGUUAAAGAAAACCGUUUUUAGUUUGUAUUAAUGGAAAGCUUUAUUUAGUUUGAAAUAAAAAGAUAGCAGCAUACAGAGAGGAGACUGGUAUGUUCCAUUAUUGCUGUCUGUAGCCACCAGCAGAUUGCUCCUGUCAUGUAAUCCCCAAAGCCGUGGCAUGAUGGGAGUGUGGGGUGGGUAGACUGCUGCUGGAAAUCAUACUUUCUAAUUUAGUAAUGAUAACAGUUGUCAUCCCUUUUGGAAUUUUAAGGAUGGCAUAUAUAUAUAUACACAUACACACAGUGUAUGUAUGUAUAUGUGUGUAUAUAUAUAUACACACAAACACACAUAAACACACGUUUAAAUAUUAGUUUGGGGAGUAAGAUUUAAUAUUACCAUCCAGUAUUGAGAAGGGGAGGAGGAAGAGCUUUAAUUUUUUCCCUAGGUCAGUUAAAACAUUUGGUUUCAAAAUUGCUAAGUGCUUUAAACAUAGUGUAGCUUAUAAAUAGGAAUGUUAAGAUAAUACAUGAAAAAUUUUUAAAGGUAACUAUUGUGCAUGCCUGAUGCUUAAAUGAACACUUAAUGGCAUCAAGUGUUUGCAGCAGUCUCCCUAAUUAUAUGCAGUCCCUUCUAGAUGCUUUAUCAAAGUCAGUGAAAGUAAAUAUAUUCAAAUUGGCUUUUUGGGAGCUUAUUUGAUAUGCAGCAAGUGGUAUUCCUGUGUUUAAUGGUGAUCUGUGUACAGCUGUGCAUUUAUUUUCUUUGCUUAUUCUAGCAUUACUGAUAAAAAAAAAAAAAAGACCGUG